GUCUCAGGAGGCAUUCCGCGCGCCAUGGAGAAACCGUGGAAGUGUGGGGAUUGCGGGAAAGGAUUCCGCUACCCGUCCAUGCUGGAGAUCCACCGCCGUGUCCACACCGGGGAGAGGCCGUUCAGCUGCUCUCAGUGCGGGAAGGGCUUCACCCGGCUGUCCAUCCUGCUGACCCACCAGCGUUUCCACACCGGGGAGAGGCCGUUCGCCUGCUCCGAGUGCGGGAAGGACUUCAGCGACUCCUCCAGCCUGCUCAAGCACCGGCGGGUCCACACCAGGGAGCGGCCCUUCACCUGCUCCGUCUGCGGCAAGGGCUUCACCCAGUCGUCCAACCUAUUCUCGCACCAGCGGGUCCACACCGGCGAGCGGCCGUUCAGCUGCUCGGUCUGCGGCAAGAGCUUCACCCAGUCAUCCAACCUGCUGACCCACCAGCAGGUCCACACCGGGGAGGUCCACACCGGGGAGGGGGCCUUCACCUGCCUGGUCUGCGGCAAGGGCUUCCCCCACUCGUCCGGCCUCCAGAUCCACCAGCGGGUCCACACCGGGGAGAGGCCGUUUACCUUUCCCGAGUGCGGCAAGGGCUUCAGCGACUCCUCCAACCUGCUGUCGCACCGGCGGCUUCACAGUGGUGAGCGCUCUUUCAUCUGCUCCGUCUGCGGCAAGGGCUUCACCCGGCUGACCAACCUGCGGACGCACCACCGGGUCCACACCGGGGAGAGGCCAUUCACCUGCCCCGUCUGCGGGAGGGGCUUCACUCAGUCCCAGCACCUGCUGCGGCACCAGCGGGGGCACAAAGUUACCCGACCGAACCCGCCGGGUCGCGUCUGCCCGUCUGGUUUCCAGGGUCUCCCGGUCCGGAUCACGCUCUCCCAGAGCCACCUCAGCAACAAGGGGAAACUAGAGACCGCCGAAAUCAGCGAGGUGCACCUUCUCCGUUUCUCCAAGAACGCCGAGCGACCGGAGCUUGGGAUCCCGGAACAGCGCCCUAUGGAGAAACCAUGGAAGUGUGGCGAUUGCGGGAAAGGCUCCCAUUUCCCGUCUGCCCUGGAUACUCAUCGGCACAGCCAGACUGGGGAGAGGCCAUUCCCCUGCCCUGACUGUGGGAAGGGCUUCAGCAAUUCCACCAACCUCCACACCCACCAGCGGGUCCACAUGGGGGAGAGGCCUUUCAGCUGCCACGAGUGUGGGAAGGCCUUUUCCCAGGCCUCCAACCUCCAGACCCAUCGGCGUGUCCACACGGGGGAGAGGCCCUUCAGCUGCCCCGAGUGUGGGAAGGCCUUCAGCAAUUCCUCCCACUUGCUGACCCACCAGCGGGUCCACACGGGGGAGAGGCCCUUCAGCUGCCCCGAGUGUUGGAAGGCCUUCAGCAAUUCUUCCCACCUGCGGAGCCACCAGUGGGUCCACACCGGGGAGAAGCUCUUCAGCUGCCCUGAGUGUGGAAAGGCCUUCAGCAAUUCUUCCCACCUGCUGAGGCACCAGUGGGUCCACACCGGGGAGAAGCCCUUCAGCUGUCCUGAGUGCGGGAAGGCCUUUAGUAAUUCCUCCGCCCUGCUGAGGCACCAGCAGGUCCAUACGGGGGAGAGGCCCUUCAGCUGCCCCGAGUGUGGGAAGGCCUUCAGGCAUUCCACCAACCUGCUGACCCACCGGCGGGUCCACACAGGGGAGAGGCCGUUCCCAUGCCACGAGUGUGGGAAGGCCUUCAGCAAUUCCUCUAACCUGCUGAGGCACCAGCGGGUCCACACGGGGGAGAGGCCCUUCAGCUGCCCCAAGUGCAGGAGGGCCUUCACCCGCUCCUCGUACCUGCUGAAGCACCAGCGAGUUCAUGAGCCAUCGCAGGGGGAUUGAAGGAAUGAUGGCCGAGUGCCAUUACCAACUGGACUAUCAACUCAGUUCUGGGGACUCCCGAGUUCGAAUCCCACCGUGACAGAUGGUGAAAUUGGAAUUUGGUCAGAAAUCUGGAGUUCAGAAACUAAUGGUAAAACCAUUGUCGGUGGGGUGGGGGUGGAAGAAGUCCCCGUUCUUUUUUACUGAAGGGAACUGUUGUUGUGGGAGAGGAUUCACUCAGUCGUCCCAGCUGCAUCCUUUACCCAGUCUGGCCUACACGUGACUCCAGACCCACAGCAGUAUGAUUGACUCUGCAAUGCCCAUCCAACUAACUUGGAUAAAGGAUACAGGUUGAAAAUGCUGAGUGAGGCAAUACUUUCUCCGGGUUAAGGCUGUACCAGGAUCCAAUUCCAAAGGAAUAACUUGGUGGUGACCAAUAAUGAAGAAAGUGAGGGGUUGGAGGGAGUGUGUGCACUUUUGGCUGU